AACGUGUCUGGUGGUACACCUGUUGCUGGUGGAUAUAUGAGGCAAAGGCAUAGUCAAGGAUAUGCAUCAGGCGAUGAGGACCUUGAGGAUGAUGCUUGCUCAAGGUUGCAACCUUUGUCAUCAGCAACUCCGAGAACUAGGAGUUGGACUGAGAUUCUGGAGAAUGUGCUUUGGGUUGGUUCAGCAUUGUUCAUUAUCUACUUUGGUGAUAGGCACUCCAAUUUGAUAUGUCUAUUGUGGCACGAUGAGCGAAUCAGAAGAAUGCCUUUAUACCUUGGCUUGGUAGGGAUGGGAUUGAAUGUUGCCAUGUUCUUUUAUGCAAGCAUGUUAGCAUGGAGCGUAAGGAGGUUUGACGAAAAGUGGGAGUUGUUAAGCAUUACAACUUUGCCAUUUCUUACCUUGCUUGGACUUAUCUCCUUUUGCUUGCUCUGUUUUGCUCUGUGGCCUAUAUGGGGUUUCUUGACCCUUCCUCUUUUGUUCACACUGUUUAUGGCUGGCUUGGUUGUAUACCCUCAUAUCGUGAUUGAGACACUGAAGCCUCAAAAUGAUUUUUUCCGUAUAGAUUAAGCGUUCUGGUAUAAAGACACAGUACUGACUUUCAUGAAGAUACAAUCUAAAAGAUGGAUAGCAGCAUCAGCUAUUGACUAAAAGUUUUUUUUUUUUUUUUGCCUUGUUGGCCAACGAUGAAUCAUCUUUAAUCAGUCCGAUUUUACAUUGAAAUGUUGAUCUUGAUCUUGCCUUGCCAUGAUGAUGCUUGGUGCACCUUGUUAUUGCUGAUCUUUGUAUUUUGAGUAUUAUGAUAAAAUAUGAAGGGCAGGUCUCUUCUACUUCAAACUUUUGUGUUCAUCUGAUGAUAUUGAGGCAUCCUUGAGUGAUAGACAGGAUUCUUCUUUCAGAUGGAAUUCUUUUGUGUUGAACCACAUCGGUGUUGCUGGGCAUUCCCUUGUGCUUCUGCAUUGUAUACUCAUCUGUAAUGAAGAGGAUACAUCGAAAAGAGCGUGGUUUUCAUAUUACAGUGUGAAAAUUUUAGCUUUCUUGUUAUUAUCUUGUUGAAAUUACCCAUCUUUCAUUUUCCGCUGUGUUGUUUUUUUCUUGGAUUUAGAUCGAGUGGAAUUGCAUGAUGGUUUCACGUAAUCAAAAAAUUGGCAAGUGGAGUUGCAUCAUUACCCCAUCAAUCAUCAAUCGAAUGAAGCUCAUUUGGUUCACAAAUCAAUGACUAAUACAAACAUCAAUGAAAGCAAUUUAUAAGAAUCUCGGGAGAGAAAUGUUAAUGCUUGGCAUUUUUUGGGGAAAAAAAGGAGAAAAAAUCAAGCACUGGAAUUCUGUCACGGCCAAUAUAUAAUAAGUCAACUGCUAGAAGUGAGCCUUUCAUUAGCAUUAGGUUUAAUUAAAGCCAUAGAAAAAAUAUUGGAAGAAAACAGUAAUGAAUAGACACUUCAUCAACACCAAUUUUCUCUUAUGUCUUGUAAAUGAUGGAUUGACAGACAUGGAAACAAAAUUGGCAAGAACCCUUCUUUAUCUGUU